AUGCAAGUCGUGUGGGAAGCAGACACUGCGGCCUUUGCCAGCCGCAAGAGAGCCGCUCGGGCGUGUCAGAAAUGUCGCGCCGCCAAAAAGCGCUGUCACCACACCUUCCAGCGGCCUCCGGAACAGCAAGCAGAUUCUGCCGGUCUCGACCGGGUCCUGCCCAAUCUAACACACAAAGAACCCAUCCGCUUUGUCGGUGACACGAACCCGGAGUCUAUACUGACCGAUCUAUCUUCGCGCUCACAAGGCGAAAAGAGAAUCAGUCGUGUCGGGACCUGGGUGCAGCAGGCUCGUUCCCUGCAAGAUGAACUCCCCCAAGAAGAACUUGGUCACCAGCCCAAAUCGGGGGACAAGACGCCCGUCAAUGUCGAGAAAUAUGGCAAGUCUGAAGGCGGCCGGAGGACAUUGACCGGUCACCAGAGGAAUUACCUACAAGCCGUGGGCGCGUUUCGCGUUCUGCCCAAAGCCACCCAGGAUGUUCUCGUUACUACGUACAUUAGCUGUCUCGACGGGCUUCUGCCGAUCAUGAACGGCCUCAAGCUCCUGAAGGAUUACAUGGAUGGGCGCUGCUCGAUCUUUCUCAUCCAAGCGAUAUGCCUGGUCACUUGUAAGACACAUGAAGCUGCACCAUAUCUGCGCCUGUACGACGACGGACCAUUGCUCGAUCCGAUCCCCUUUGCUCGAAGUCUGCAUACAGGCCUGGACGCGGCGAUGAAGGCAGAUCUGGAACCCGACAGAGUCACGAAAAUCCAGAUUCUGACAUUGAUGCAUUUACACAACGACGGGCCUGGAGGGAUUGAAGAAUCUUCGUUACACCUGACUCUUGCAAUCCACGACGCUUGGACCGCGGGACUUCAUAUCCUGACCGCGGGCCGGACCCCGAAAGAUCAGAACAGUAUGCUCUGGUGGACGAUCUGGACGCUGGACAAGAUCAACGCGUGUCUAGGUGGGCGGCCCAUCAUGAUUGCAAAUCGAGACAUCGACAUCCCCCGCCCACCGCUUGAGCCUAAUCCUCCGAGUCAAGCCAUCAAUCUCUGGCUUCGCCUGGCCGAUCUCCUCGACCAAGUCAUCGAAUUCUACAGACCGACGGCAGAUCUGGAAUCAACCGGCUGGGAAACCGAGUUCCCUACAUACUCCUCGUUGGCCCAAGACAUCGACUUCUCGUUGCUCAAUGACAGCGAGCAGACGAUACUCGAACUCUGCUAUCAUGUAAUUGCGAUCUUGAGCUGCCGUGCCGGAGGACCAGCAACAGCAUCAUAUGCCCGCCGCAUCUCCGCCGCCGACCGAAUCCAACAGCUCCUCUCCGAUGGCCGACACACCCGUAUCUCGCCCAUCCCUUUGGUGCCUUACGCUGUUGGGCUCUCUCUGACGGUCGCUUACCGCAGCCUACGAGACAAUGCCAACGUUGACCCUGAACGAGCACAAGCUGAUCUCGCCACGCGAUGCGAGACUCUCGAGACCCUGAGCACGUACUGGUGGACAGCCGACGCGAUGGCCCGGCUGGGUCGUAAAGCGCUUAAGAGUCUCCAACAACCAGGCGUGCCGAAGCAUACGAUUGCCAGCAUUGCCGACGCCAUGGAUGCAGAAGUCACAGCAUGCAAGUUCGGCCCUUUCGAACCACAUUCUCACAACUACCACUACCACCAUCACCACGCCAGCCGAGUCAAUCCCAACACUCAAGAAAGAACACACUCAACCGGACACGGACACGGACAAGGGCCAAGCCACGGCCACGGCAACGAUGGAGACGCAGGGAACGCACUACAAGUCCUCUCCGAUGCAGCGGCCAGACAUUCUGCGCAGCCCGAGCAACACGAUACCAGUAACCAUGGCCAAGCUCAGCCUCCAACAUCACCAACCCCAGCACCGUUCACAGCACCCACCUCUACGUCCCUGGCGGCGCAAUAUAACAGUUCCCAAGCUGUUUCGAAUCCUGCCACAACAGCAGACAUCACUGCCUCCACCACCGCCACCCCAGCUGACACCAUCGUCACCACCGCAACCACCGCCACCACCCAGACUGGAACCGGGUUGCCCCCCACUCCUCACGGCAGAUCAGGUCCUGGACCCGGAGAUCCUUUCUUCAGUGGCGGCGCAGACAAUGUCGAUAUCCCGCCAGCAUCAGCAUUCAACGACCAAUACCAAUACCAGUUCGACGACCUUGACAAUCUGUUUGAUGGCUUCUUUGAUCUCAGCAUGCCGACCAUCUUUCAGGAUCCGCUAUUCGACGGCGAUGCCUUCCUCAGCGCGGAUCUCAAUUUCGCGGCCGCCGACGAUGCCAUGGGAAUUGGUAUUGGCUCAGCUUCAGAUGCGCCAGGGGGGUCAGGAGGAGGAGGAGCUAUGGGAGUGGGAAUGACCGACUUUGACAGUAAGGCAGGCCUCGUGGCUGGUGUCCAUGCAGGUUCUGGUCAGAGCGACAAGUCGGGCAACACCGCAAAUGCUCAAGGAAAUGCAUUUACAGCGGGCACCAAUACCAAUCCGACCAGCCCUUCGACCGUGAAUCCGACGAUCGGCACGGCGGCAGCGAAACAUAGAGCGUCGGGUCCAAUCUUUCCGGACCUCCUCCUCAACCAAGACGAUGUGGACAGCACCGCGAUGAGCCGAGACGGACGCAACUGA